AUGUUCGAGAUUGCUUUGGUUGUGGGAUUCGUGGUUCAUGUUUGGGUGACGGAAGUGCGAGAGUUGAGCCAGUCGGUGGUUAUCAAGUGUCCUCUAUCUUCUCUGAAGAAAUUAACGGUAAUGGCGGAACAAAUGCAAUUGAAAGGAACUUUAAAAGGUCACAAUGGAUGGGUGACACAAAUAGCAACAAAUGCUCGUUAUCCGAAUAUGAUCAUUUCGUCUUCUCGAGACAAAACAAUAAUUGUGUGGAAAUUGGAUGCGGAUGAUUUGCCAGGAAGUUACGGGACUCAGUUAGGAGGAAAAGCUGAAAGAGCAUUGAAGGGUCAUGGUCACUUUGUUUCUGAUGUUGUGAUGUCAUCUGAUGGUCAAUUUGCUCUUUCUGGCUCAUGGGACAAGACGCUACGACUGUGGGAUCUUACUACAGGUAUAACAUCAAGGCAGUUCGUUUCACAUACAAAGGAUGUAUUGUCUGUCGCGUUCUCUGCUGAUAAUCGACAGAUCGUGUCAGGAUCACGAGAUAAAACAAUCAAACUGUGGAACACUUUAGCUCAAUGCAAAUAUACAGUUAAUGUAUGUAUUUUGAGUGCUGGAAUGUAG